AUAUUCAUUGGAUAUGAUACACUCAAAAGGGUACAAACUCUACAAUCCGGAUUUGAAAAAGCUUAUAAUAAGUCGUGAUGUGGAGUUUGAUGAAGAAGGCUCAUGGGAUUGGAGCAUUGGUGACAAAGAAGAUUAUAGUCUCUUGCCUCCCAUGGAAUAUGAAGAAGAAGUUGAAGAAAAUCAUGAAAAUACAACUCCUCCACCAUCUCCCACUCAAGCUCAAGCUUCAUCACCAAGUUCGGAUGAAAGAGAAAUACCACGCAUGAGAAGCAUUGAAGAGCUUUACGAGGUAACACAAAAUUUGAACUCAAAUGAUGAACUUACACUCUUUUGUCUAUUUGGUGAUUGUGAGCCACUAAGUUUUCAAGAAGCC